GCAUAAAGGCAUUGAGCAGACAGAGUCAGCGUGACAGACGCUUUCCACUCGACGCAAAAAGCACACAAGUCGCGCCGCAUCAAUCAUUGUGUGCAGGGCAGGCAAAGGGGGCGUAGACAGGCAUGGCCUGCAGUGAGUGUAUGGCUGCCAUCGAGGGACCAAGAGAGUCUACUUGGAUGCCUUCCUGCUCUUCUUGCGCCUCCUGGCCUCUCUGCUGGACUCUGAGCUGUCGCUCUCCGAUUCGCUGCUGCUGUCUGAGCUGCUGCUGCUGCUGCUGCUGUCACUCGACGAUGACUCGGACUCGCUCUCGGAACUGCUGCUCUCAUCCUUGCGGCGCUCUGGCAGAUACAAAGAAAUGUCUUAAGAGAUGACGUGUGUGUGUGCAGCAUGACUGCAUCUCUCUCGUGCCGUGCCGUGCCGUGCCGUGCCGUCUGACGUGGUGGGGUGCCAGUCAGUCAGUCAGUCAGUCUUUCUCACUCUUUGAUUUGUGUUUGCUCUUCUCGUUGCUCCUGUCCUUGCGCCGCUUCCUGCUCUUGCUCACGCCUCCCUUGCCACCUACAGACCACCCCACACAAGAAGCAGACAGACAAUAGAGAGCGGAUGAAUCAAACAAACAGCCGGCUGGUUGGCUGGAUGGCUGGCUGGCUGGCGCAUGCGUCCCCCAUCUCCCUCCCUCCCUGUGUGCUGGCUGGCUUGGGGGUCAGGGGAGCCUCUCACCUCUGCCCUUCUUGUCCGUCUCCUCAUCCUUCUUAAUCUCCCGCCACUCGUCCCCAUCUGUGAUCCUGAGCCAACAAACAGCACACACACAGGCACACACAAGAGCGAAUGAGAAAUGCAUGCCAUGCCGGGCACAUGUAUCUAUCACAUGGUCCAUCGGCUGGCUGGCUGGCUCACUUGGGAACAUCGGGGAUAUCGUCCGCAUCGCAAAACUUCGGACGAAGCCGCGGAUUCCUGCACGGCACGCACACAACAAACACGCAACCAACAGCGGGAAGAGUGGGCAGUGUGGUGUGGUAUGCCUGGUAGCUGUAUGUAGCUGGGUAUGGUAUGCCGCCUCACUCACCGUAGGAUGUCAGAGCGUGAUGGUCUCGUCAGAUAGACGCCCUUGGACUGACACUGGUACGUCCAAUGCCCGAACCGCAUACACUUCUGACAUUGCUGUGUAGCCUGUCCCAUACAUGGCGGGCGAUACACAGAUACAUGGCACACAGGGAGAGGAGACCAUUCAUUCCACAGCCAACGGGCGUCCUCCUCCGUUCUUUGCCGCUCACUCACCGCAGCAACUGGCUUCCCCAGCCAGCCAAUCUGAGUUGUCGCCAUCUUGAGCUAGCUCCUCCAACUACACUACGGCAACUACGCCUCAAACCAACGAACG